AUGGGAAAUUGUUAGGCAACAUGUUGCAAUAAAGAAGGUGAAAUAGUAAUUAAAGAAAAUUACAAGAGUGAUUUUGAGAUGGAUGAAAAUAGUGAUAUUGUUAAUUCAAUAGUUUCGAUAAAGACAACUAAUUAAUAAAAAGAAAGGGAUAAGUUUAAAAUAGAUCUAGAGUAAAGCAAAAGGGAAGGAACGUAAUUGUAUUGCAAUGUUCGUACAAAGUUUGCUGCAGUUUAGAUUGAUAAAGAUACUUUAUAUGAAGGGGAAUGGUUAUUAGGUAAAAGAGAUGGAAUUGGAAGAGUUGUUUGGUCAGAUGGUUCUUGUUAUGAAGGAGAAUGGAAAGAUGAUAAGAGUUCUGGAAUAGGAAAAUUAAUUCAUGCAGAUGGAGAUAUUUAUGAAGGUGAAUUUAAUAAUGAUAAGGCUAAUGGAAAAGGAGUAUAUACACAUGUAAAUGGAGCCAGAUAUGAAGGAGAUGUAUUUUGUAUUUAAUCUUAAUAGUGGGUAAAUGCUUAAUAGCAUGGUUAAGGUAUUGAAGUUUGGCCAGAUGGAUCUAAAUAUUAAGGAUCUUAUGCAAAUGGAAAAAAAAAUGGAUAAGGAAUCUUAUAUUUUGCAGAUGGAUCUAAAUAUGAAGGCAAUUUUGUAGAUAAUGAAAUUGAUGGAUUUGGAACUUAUUAAUGGCCAGAUCAUAGAAUUUAUAUUGGAGAAUGGAAAAAUAAUAAAAUGAAUGGACAUGGUUAACUAAUGUGGAACGAUGGUAGAAAAUUUGAAGGGGUAUUAGCAGUCACACUUAUGAGAGGAAUAUGUUAAUGAUCUAAAGCAUGGACCAGGAGUAUUUCAAUGGGCUGAUGGUAGAAAAUAUGAAGGUUAAUGGAUUGAAGGUUCUCAAUAAGGAAUUGGCAUUUAUCAUUUAGGAAAUGGAAUCUAAAAAUAUGGAAUCUGGAAUAAUGGAAUUAGACAAAGAUGGUUAACAGAAGAAGAAAUCGAAUCAUUUUUAAAGAAUUAAUAAUCAUGA